AGGGGCUCUGUCCUUCUGCGACCAGUUGAUUCCGGGGCAGCCAGGCUGCUCUGGGUGACCCUCACUGACGCGUGGAGGAGCAGGGGCGCUUUGCAGAGAAUUGUUGGUUGGUUGAGGAGCCUUGCUGGCGGAGGGCAUCCUUAGUUCUGAACUGAGGCUGUCGGCAAACCGCAUGGAAGGCUGCUGGACUGUGAGCGUCAGCUCGGAGCUGGCCUAUGCGUUCCCAACGCUGCUGGAACUCUCUGCUGAAGGUAAGGCUGUCUGGACCCCCUUCCCAAGGCAUCGCGCGGGGCUGCUGGUUGUCCAAAGCCGCAGCUCCUGCUCUCUGCGCUUGGCUGGACGUGGCUGGGGGCUGCUGCGAGAGCCCUGCCCAAGGGUCCCGCUGGGCUCUGGGGACCACGUGGCAGCCAGGUCCCGAGAGCAGAGCUGCCCAGAGCCCCCGCUUCCUUUAGGCAUGCUCGGUCCCCUGUGAUAGGGCAGUCCGAGGCCAGGUUUCCCUGGCAGACGGUGUUUCCGGAGGUUGCAGCUCUGGGAGGAAAGGCAUCCCGUGUCCCAGAGGCUUCCUAUGUCCCCAUUUCCCCCUGGGGCUCCGAAUAAGGCUGAAAUCGGAGCAAAGCCCAGCUCCGGUAGCCAUGGUGGUGUUUUUUUGGGGUGUGUGCGUGUGCCUGCACCGAUUGCUGUCUGUGUGAGGAGCUUGCCAAGCAGCUGUGAAGAGGCUGGCCUGGAGCCUGACUUGUCUUUUCUUUCCUUUGCAGAGAUUGUGGCAGUCUGGGACGCUGUGUCUGAUUACAUCCUGGAACAGAUGAAGCUGGACAAGGGAGUCCUGAUUCCGGGACUCGGGGUCUUUGCUGGGGUCCGAGAGCAAUUCCACAGCAAAGAAGAGGCGCUUUCGGUUCUAAGGCCUGUCUUCCAGCUGGACAUCGGGGUGCUGUGGCUGCAGGAACUCCAGUCUCCCAACGACAUCAUCCCUGACGACGUCAAGAUUGAGCCGCUCAACUACCGGCAGCUCUCGCGAGCCUCCGGCGUCCCACUGCACUUGGUGCCGCGCUGCAUGCGGGAGAGCGUGCUCCUGUACUGUCACCUCCUGAGGAGCAGGGAGCCCGUCUCGUUCGUGUUCAAGAACCUCGGCGUUAUGACCUGCCAAGACGGCUUCCUCCUCAUGAGGUUCUUCUGCAGCUGCAUUGAAACGCUGGAGAGCAAUGCCCCCGUCCUCGCACUGAUCCACACCAGAUUCUGGACGGACGAUUCUGCUGACUUCGGGCCAGAGACCGCUGCCUAUGGCAUCCGCGUGUUCCCGAGGUUUCAGCUCACCGUGGAAAAGAGCAGAGCAGAGGCCGCUGCAGAAAAAAAAGCUGCCAUACAGCGGAAGAUGAGUAAAGGGGUCUCUGCCGGCAGGCUGCUGCAGAGGCGGAAGACACUUCCCCCCUCCAUGCUGCUGCAGCGCAAGCCGAGUUCAAGGCAGCAAGAUGUGGCGAAGGAGCCUUCUGGCAGUGCGCUCCCGCCGUGUGCAGGCAGCUCCCGUGGGACAAAGAAAGCGGGACAGAAGGAAACAUCUGCUGCCCAGACCAGCGCUGCACUCCCUGCCACCGAGGAGUCUAAGAGAGUGCUGCAGGAGCUCCGCAAAGAGUCUGCCCUGUGGAAAGAAGCAGACCACACGUGGCCCAUGCACCAACAGCAAAUAGAGCGAGCACAGGCAGAAAUGGCGGCAUGGGAAGGCUGGAGCGCAGGGGAGGACCAGCAUCCGCCCCAG